AAAAAAGAAGGUUGUACAUAAAACAGCAACUACAGAUGACAAAAGAUUACAAACUUCUUUGAAAAAGCUUGCAGUUAACACAAUCCCUGGUAUUGAAGAGGUAAUUGCUUUUGACCAGCCUGGGUAAGUUGAGGGUGCACAGCAGAUUUUGCAGGACACAAGAAUAAUAUGUUUGUUGGUGAAGCCAGUGGGAGUGGAGAUGAGACAUAUACAAUUAUUUUCCAAUUAAUCAGCUAUCUCUUGAAAGGAGAUGAGGAUGCAAUGAAGAAAAAUGUCAGGAAGACAAUACAAAAUGAGAAAUAUCUAUGGAAUCUACUAUACAGAAAUAAAUUCAGCACAGAACACUUAUAGUUUUUUGGACCCUAUUCUACAUUUGUAAAUAUGUAUACAAUAUUUACUUUUUUUUACAAAGCAUAGUACUUAAAAGAAAAUUCGAUUGUUACUUUUUAGUUUAUAGCAUUGUUGAAAUUUUGAUAUUAUUUAGGUUAACAUGAUAAAAGAUGAUGGCAAUGUGAUCCACUUCUUAAAUCCUAAAG